ACAUCCGGGGGCCGGGGCCGGGCUGUGGGCUCGCCGCGCGCCGGUGAGUCAGGCCGGGUUUUCCCUCCGCCUUUGGGGCCGGCGAUCGAGCGCCGCGGAGCGCGUCCCUCCCUCGCCAAUCCGGCUCCGGCGCCGGCGCCCGCCUGCGUUUUCCCGGCGCCUGCCGCUCCGCCGCUCCGACCCGGCUCGCAGUCCCGGCCGGAGCCGGCGCCUUGCAGGAGGGUUCAAAUCCGCGCGGGGGAGCUGCGACGCGCAAGGGCUGCGGAGCCGCGGGCCGGCGAGCGCGUCGCCACCAUGAAGCAGCUGCCUGUACCCUGUUGAAACUUCAUGGCCACAGCCCCAGGCCCUGCUGGCAUUGCCAUGGGCAGCGUGGGCAGCCUGUUGGAACGGCAGGACUUCUCCCCUGAAGAGCUGCGGGCGGCGCUUGCCGGGUCUCGGGGCUCCCGCCAGCCUGAUGGGCUCCUCCGGAAGGGCUUGGGCCAGCGUGAGUUCCUCAGCUACCUGCACCUCCCCAAGAAGGACGGCAAGAGCACCAAGAACACCAAGCGGGCCCCUCGGAACGAGCCUGCCGACUAUGCCACCCUCUACUACCGGGAACAUUCUCGCGCGGGCGACUUCAGCAAGACCUCGCUGCCAGAGCGGGGCCGCUUUGACAAGUGCCGCAUUCGCCCCUCAGUGUUCAAGCCUACGGCGGGCAACGGGAAAGGCUUCCUAUCCAUGCAAAGCCUGGCGUCCCAUAAAGGCCAGAAGCUGUGGCGCAGCAAUGGCAGCCUGCACACGCUGGCCUGCCACCCGCCCCUGAGCCCCGGGCCCCGGGCCAGCCAGGCCCGGGCACAGCUGCUGCACGCCCUCAGCCUAGAUGAGGGCGGCCCUGAGCCCGAGCCCAGCCUGUCCGACUCCUCCAGUGGGGGUAGUUUUGGUCGCAGUCCUGGUACUGGCCCUAGCCCCUUCAGCUCCUCCCUUGGCCACCUUAACCACCUCGGGGGCUCCCUGGACCGGGCCUCUCGAGGACCCAAGGAGGCUGGGCCACCAGCUGUGCUGAGCUGCCUGCCCGAGCCACCACCCCCCUACGAGUUCUCCUGCUCCUCUGCCGAGGAAAUGGGAGCCGUGCUGCCCGAGACCUGUGAGGAGCUCAAGAGGGGCCUUGGCGAUGAGGACGGCUCCAACCCCUUCACGCAGGUGCUGGAGGAGCGCCAGCGGCUGUGGCUGGCUGAGCUGAAGCGCCUGUAUGUGGAGCGGCUGCACGAGGUGACCCAGAAGGCUGAGCGCAGCGAGCGCAACCUCCAGCUGCAGCUGUUUAUGGCUCAGCAGGAGCAGCGGCGCCUGCGCAAGGAGCUGCGGGCUCAGCAGGGCCUGGCUCCGGAGCCUCGGGCCCCCGGCACCCUCCCAGAGGCAGACCCCAGUGCACGACCAGAGGAGGAAGCCCGAUGGGAGGUGUGCCAGAAGACAGCCGAGAUUAGCCUCUUGAAGCAGCAGCUGCGUGAAGCCCAGGCGGAACUGGCCCAGAAGCUGGCGGAGAUCUUCAGUCUGAAGACACAACUUCGGGGCAGCCGGGCACAAGCCCAGGCUCAGGACGCAGAGCUGGUCCGGCUGCGCGAGGCUGUGCGCAGCCUGCAGGAGCAGGCCCCUCGGGAGGAAGCCCCAGGCAGCUGUGAGACUGAUGACUGCAAGAGCAGGGGCCUGCUAGGGGAGGCAGGAGGCAGCGAGGCCAGAGACAGUGCUGAGCAGCUGCGGGCUGAGCUGCUGCAGGAGCGACUUCGGGGCCAGGAGCAGGCGCUGCGCUUUGAGCAGGAGCGGCGGACUUGGCAGGAGGAGAAGGAGCGCGUGCUGCGCUACCAGCGGGAGAUCCAGGGAGGGUACAUGGACAUGUACCGCCGCAACCAGGCACUGGAGCAGGAACUGCGGGCACUGCGGGAGCCCCCCACACCCUGGAGUCCCCGGCUCGAGUCCUCCAAGAUCUGAGGCCAGCAGAGCGAGCUGACAGCAGCAACACUGUCAGAAGGUGCCCUGAGACGGCCGGCUCAGCCUUCCCUUGCACUGGUUGGGGUGGAACCUGCAGAGGCCAGCCCGGGGCUGGGGAGGCGCAAGGAGAGGAGGGAUCCAGUGGGGCCGUGGGCUGGGUAGGGUGCCUUGGCAGGAGCCAGGACAAGGCCCUCCUGGCAGAGGAGCACCUAGGCAGGGCCCAGCCCUGCUUCCUGGAGUGGAUGUGGCCCAGAGAAGGAGGCUGGGGGAUCACCAGCCCCAAGGUCCCGAAGGGCAGGUCAGAGGGAGGGAGGCUGGAGACCUGGGCUGGGGCCUUCCUCCAGGGAAGGAGGCUGGGGUGGGAACACUGGCCUCCCCCAGAAUAAAACCAUGUUUUCUACCAGAGGCUCAGAAUACGCUGAGCCUGUGACCAGAGGAUGAUGGAUGGUCGGGAUUGAGGCUGUUGACCUGGGCAGUAGCUCCUCCCAUGGCCAGUGGUCAGUGGGAGGGUGUGCCCUGCGCCUGUCUGCAUGGCCACUGGGCAUGUGUGUUGGGAGCAGAGGAGUCCUACUCCUUGCCUCAGCCCCACACGGUUCCUUAGCUGCCGUGUGGGCUGAAAUUCCUUUCUUUAGCUUUAGCACCAGUGGAGUUUUCAGAAGGAACAACACCAGGGAAUGCCAAGAAAACAAAGGGCAAGUCAACCAAGGCAUUUUGAGAACAUGAAAUGUCUUCUUGGUGGGAAGGCUGGGCCCCAGGAGUAUCCACAGGCUCAGGCCAUGCCCCUCCCCGCACCCGCCUCCUGUCUCCCUCCCUCCCUCCAUAGGAGUGGGGGGCCCCUAGAAGUGCUCUGCCUUAUUCCCUGUUCGUAGGAAGGUGCAGGAGAGGAGGUGAGCAAGCUUAUGGGUUUCUUGGUAAAGAGCCUUUACCAGAGCAAGGAAUGGGAACAUUUCCCCAUCAGCAACAGGGCUCUGGGGCAUUAUUAAGUAGGGGUGAAAUAUGAUUGAUUUGCAUUCUGGAAAGCUCUCCCAGGAGGAAGCAUUCCCCACCCCGCCUUGCCUCUGUCCUGCGCUGGGCUCCAGGACGGUCAGUCCUCCCAGAUCCCUGCUCUCAGCUAAGGCUGGUCCCUAAAACCCACACCUGCCUUUGGUCUCUCAGAGACCUGGCUUGUCCUCUGGGCCUUUGCUCCCCCGCUGGGUGCCCGGCCUGGAACACAGGUUCUGUCUGGCUGUGUGAGUGGCGUCUCUCCCUUCCUUUGAGGGAAGCUCAGCUUCCUUACGCGCUCAUCGUUGGACAGGCUGCCGUGCAUUGCGUGCUUACUGGGCGCCAGGUGCUGUGCUGGGCCCUUGUGAGUGUGGGGGCACAGGCUGAAUUAGAUGAGCUCCUGCCCCAGGGGGCCCUGCACACUGAUGUCAGCUCACCAGUCCCUUCCCUGACAGGGCAGCUCAGGGAACUUCUGAGAAGUUGUCUGCAGAGAGCUCCAGCUCACUCCCUUUGGCUACCCUGGCCGUGCCUGGCAGCCCCUCAGGCCCCACAGGUGGGUCCUGGUUGUGAAGUGGAGUUAGUGCCCAUGGAUGUCAGGGGACGGGUGUGAGGCAUGAGCUGGGGGGCCCCCUUUUUCAGGGCAGAGAGUGAGGCGUGUGCACUGUCUGCUGUGGGGAUGGUGUGUUUAUGGCCAUGUAAGUGGCAGGUGUGUGUAAAGAUGUGCUUGUGGGUGGUGGGUGUGUCCGAGGGGGUGUGUUUGGGAGCCUGGCCUCCAAAAGCCAGUGUCUGGGUUGGAGACAGUGCAGGCCCCUUCUUGGCCCCACCCUCUACCCCAUUCCUUCCUGUCAGCCCCAGUCUGUCUUGGCACUGGCCAGGCUUGGGUGGAGCCUGUGUCCCAGACAGAUCCCCUAGGCCUAUCUGAGACCCAUGCAGGCCCGUACCUGAGCUCCUGUCUGCCUGAGGAGGGAAAGGGGGAGUGGCCAGGUCAGGCAGGCCAGUCCUCUACACACCCCCUUGGUACCCAUUCCCAUUUCACAAACUCCUCCAAACCCCAAACUCCAAAUGGAAAUCUCUGGGACAAUGGCUCCUCCAGAGGGCCCCUCAGGGCCAGGUGCUGGCCAGAUGCCUUGAUCACAGCCUCCAUGGCCAGGGGCCUGUCAAGCCAGGGGCCCACACACCUGGUGCCAGGGUCCACCUCGGUAUACCAGCUCUGCAGAACAGUUCCCCACCCAGCAAUUAGGGAGCUGGGCUGGCCAGUACAGCCAGUGGGGAGAGUGGGUGGGAGGUACCAAAACUUGGCAGCUGUGCCAGAAACCAAAGCCAGGCCCAGAUGUAGGGGGAGGGCACGAAAGCUGAACCUGAGCCUGGGGCGUCUCGGAGCUGGAUCCCCGUCAGCUCAUCCAGGCUGGACAAACCAGUUCCUGGGUCCCCCAGCCGGCUGGGUGGCUCUGGGGCCAACCGACCACAGGUGUCACUGAUCACAGGUGUCACCGUAGUGGCUACCACCUCAGGGCAGCCCCUCCCUCCAGCUGGCAGGGCCUCAGCUUCCCAGCUGCCCUGGCUUAGCCUUCCCUGCAGCCCCUCCCCAACAGGCUUGGUCCGGGCAGCCUGCUCUGCAGAAGGUGGCUGCCUCCUGGUGCUGGGCUCCCUGCCUCUGGGGCCUCCAGUCCUUCACUCAGUGUCAUCCCUUCCAGCAGCUCCCUGGGCCUCUUGGUCCAUCCCUUCAGGCUUCUGACACACUAGUGGCCUCUAGUCACUGAUAGUGGUGCCUCCUUCUUACCUUGGCAAGCCCUUGUAGCCCUCUGAGCCCUCAUCCUGCAGGCAGAGCCCCUCAGUGCUCUGAGAAACCUGCCCUGAACUCACCGCCUCCCCUGCCUGGGCACUCCCUCCUCCCUGUGCCCACAGCCCCCAUGCCAAUCUCCGUCAGCUCUUUCUGUGCUGCUGUAAUUGUUGGUUUGCCUGUCUCCUUUGAGCUGUGGGCAUUGCCAGGGUAGGGUGGUGUCUUCACCACAGCUCCAGAAGGCACUGGUGGGAUGUGGAGUCAGGAGCAACCAGAGCCCCCCCAUACUAGAAUGGGUUUGAGCUUGGGGUGGGGUGGAUGGGGAAAACUUACUCUGAAUGUUCGUUCACCGUCCGUGGGCACCAGGUCUGUGCCAAGCACAGGGACUCCAGGGGCAGCUGCCAUUCAUUCCAGUGAUGUAUUUGGGGCCUUCUCAGGUGAGGAAGCCAAGGUGGCCAAGGCCCUCGGUCCCCUGCCCUGAUAGGGCUUACCUGUGGGUGGGGGAGGGAGACCACACAUGUCAGAGGUAGUGAAGGCCGCUCCAAAUAGUGACUGGGGCCAGGCAGGCGGAAAAGAGAACAGAAGAGAAUCCAGAAGUGCUCAGACAGAACUAGGGACAACAGAGGGGCCUCCAUGGCGGCAUGGGUCAGCGGAGCAUGGAGCAGGCAGAGGAAGCCUAUCUGUGAGGCUGGGUACAUUUCUCUGAGACUCGGGGGAUGUAGGUGUUGAGGUUUCUGCAAAGAGGGCGCAGGCCCUGCAGUGACGGUUCAGAUAUUGAUAACCCAUCCCCCUUGGCAGGUGGGGGCUUAGGCAUCCAUAUUGGAUUCAGAAAAGAAAAAGAAUGAUGCUUCUUGCAACAAAAACAAAAGUGAUUAUGUCACGAGAGGAGAGGCUGGAGGGCCAUGGGAGUUCCCAGCUGGCUCACUCAUCCGUCCAGGAGGUGGGUCUCAUGGUUUCAUUUUGCUCUGGGCUUACUUAGAGUUUUGGCAAAUGCAUAGUUAUGUAAGGAACCCAACAAUGAAGAUACAGUUCUGUCACCCCCCCAGCAUUCUCCUGUGGCCCUCUAGUCCACCCCCCGCCCCACCCCAGCCCCUGGCAACCACUGAUCUGCUUUCACAAUAACCAUAUGGGGUUUUUUCUCUUUCCUUUUUUGUGAGCGGUGUUUAAUUCCUUUGCUCUAAUAUGUAAUAUUAGAACAUAUUACAAAGUAGCAAGAAAAAUACGACAUUGGUGUAAAAAUAAUCUACACCUCAUGGAAAGAAUGAAGAGCCAGAAAUAGAUUCUAUUCUGUAGAAAAUCUUACACAAUAAAGGACUUCAAAAUACGGGUAAGGAAGGAUGCUUUAACAAGCGGUGCUGGGAUAACUGGAUAAAAAUUUGGGAAAAAGGUCAUACUAUGUGCCACCCCUGCAUUUAUUUUAUUAUUUUAUUUUAUUUUAUUUAUUUUUUUGAGAUGGAGUCUCACUGUGUUGCCCAGGAGUGCAGUGGCGUGACCUCAGCUCACUGCAACCUCCGCCUCCCGGGUUCAAGCAGUUCUCCUGCCUCAGCCUCCUGAGUAGCUGAGACUACAGGCGCCUGCCACAACGCCUGGCUAAUUUUUUGUAUUUUUAGUACAGACGGGAUUUCACCAUGUUAGCCAGGAUGGUCUCGAUCUCCUAACCUCGUGAUCCACCCGCCUCAGCCUCCCAAAGUCCUCGGAUUAUGGGCGUGGGCCACUGCGCUUGGCCCACCCCUGCAUUUAUUGAGUUAAAUUUUAAAAAUCCUAUCCUAGGAAAUUGGUGGUGGGGCUCAGAAAAUGAUACCCCAAAGUAUGGAGCUGUGGGAGGCUGAAUGCUUUGAACUAAAGUGUCUGACCAUCGCUCACUCCUUUUCCCUCCCAAAACCCUCCUGAAGCGCAGGGAGGGGCCUUCUCUGAUGUUCUCUUUUGUUUCUAAGGGAAGUUCCUGCAGAAGGAAUGCCAUUGUCUUGAGCCCUUUCCCUAGCAUCUCAUAAAACAUGGACAAUUAACUCACAGGAAAGGAUACUGAAGGUGAUACCAUCUCUUCUGAGGACUGGGCUACUUGAGAAGUUUUAUCUGCAUGACAAGACAGCCUUUGUUUGCCAUGCAUUUCCUCCCCUCAACCUCCUAGCGUCUGCUGCCACCUCCUCCCAGAAACCUCAGGCCCCAGUUUUUGGAGCUCAAAUGCUAUUUAGACUUCAUCAAUCUGGCCCUUACUAGAGUCUCACAUUUUGUGGGACUCCUGUGCAUGUAUGUAAUAAAUUUGCAUGCCUUUUCUCCUAUUAA